GUGACUUUUAUUUCCAAGUCCCGGAAUCCGGAGCUGGACUGAUCGUUAUCACGCAUGGAUUAUGGUUUUAUUGCUGCUUUGAUUUGUUUUUGCUUUAAAGGAAAGUGUAUCAGCACCUCUUUGCAGGUGGGCGGUGUUUCGGCAUCAGAGCCAUGAAUUGCUACUUGAUAAGAGGGGUUGCUUUCGUCUGGAUUGUGAACUUUGUUCCCUGUGCUUUUGGAAUGGUUGUGAGCGAACAAACAGGUGGUGUAUGUCCCUCUUUGAGUGUUGAGGAUUACAGAUUUUCUGAUGUUUUGGACCGUCCUUUACAGAUUACAGGAUUUGAUCUCACAGAAAAAUUUCUUCUCCGAAAGGGAACAGUUACAGAAGACCUGCCAUCAUUUCGACUGGGAAGCAGCCCUCUUAUAAAACCAACGAAAUCGAUAUUUCCAGACGGACUUUCAAAUGAGUAUUCCCUGGUGACCAUCUUCCGUGUGAGACGAACUACAAAAAAAGACCGCUGGUACCUUUGGCAAAUAUUUGACCAAUCAGGAAGCAGUCAGGUGUCUGUGGUGGUUGAUGGUGAUAAGAAAGCAGUGGAGUUUUCUUCCGAGGGUCUGCUGAAAAACUCUUUCCGCUACACGUUUAAGAGUCGUGACCUGCAUGCCCUCUUUGAUCGCCAAUGGCACAAGCUCGGCAUUUCUGUUCACAGCGACACAGUAUCCAUUUAUGUCGAUUGCACGCUGGCUGAAAAGAAAAUGACUGAUGAGAGGGACGGUAUCGAUCUCAACGGGCGCACUCUCAUCAGUACACGAGUGGAAGAUGGAAGGCCUGUGGAUAUUGAGUUGAGGCAAAUUCUGAUCUACUGUGACCCUUACAUGGCUGAAAUGGAAAACUGCUGUGAGCUGCUUGAGCCAAAGUGUGGAGUCAACAAGACAUUUAUUGGGACCUCCCCUCCUCUGGUUACAGCCCAGAGUCCCCUGAUGCCGUCUCAGCCGACCUCACAAUCAAUUGACACAUGUCACUGUCCAGGAGAGAAGGAAGAUGCUGGUAUUCCAGGCAUGCUUGGGCUGUUAAAACAAAACAGAGAAAAAGGAGACAAGGGGGAACUUGGAUCAGAAGGUCAAAAGGCAAUCGAUCGAGAGAGGGGCCCUCGAGGAGAUAAAGGAGAAAAGGGAUCAGCUGGAGAGCCGGGUCAGCCAGGCAAAGAGGGCAAGAGGGGACGGAGAGGAAAGCCGGGGGAGCCUGGACCAAGAGGCCCACCUGGUCCUUCAGAAGCCGUGGAGGGAGCAAGUGUCAAGAGGGAGAAGGGGGAGUGUUGCGUCCCUAGGGAAAAGGGAGAGAGAGGAGAUCCCGGUCAGCCAGGUGCCAAGGGGACUGGUGGUGCGAAAGGACAAAAAGGUGAUGUUGGUCCCCCUGGUCCUCCUGGUUCUGUGAUGACAGCUCAUGGGUUAAGACAGCUCUCUGGAACUGUAAGCAAACGUGAUGAAAGAGCCCAGAAGGGUGAGAAGGGAGAUGAGGGCGGGAAAGGAGCUCAAGGACUGCCGGGCCUAAAGGGAAGCAUGGGACCUCCGGGACUGAAGGGAGAUCAAGGAUUGGAGGGAAAACAAGGUCUACCUGGAUCCAUUGGGCUCCCUGGACUCCCAGGCGAUUCCGGCUUACCAGGGGAGCCGGGGGUGCCUGGGAGAGAUGGCCUGAAAGGAGAAAAGGGAGACUCUGGUGGAGUGAUUGGGCCACAUGGGCCUCCUGGUCCUAAGGGGGAGCCUGGAGAACCUGGUGGUGCAUAUAUGAGUGAUGGGCUGUCUCUGAGCAGAGGGUCUCGUGGGCCGAAGGGUGAAAGAGGUGUGCCUGGAGUGCCUGGAGACCAUGGAGAAAAGGGAGAACCUGGAGAGAGUAUCAUUGGCCCCGUGGGACCCCCAGGGAAGCCAGGAGCUGAGGGUCUCCGUGGACCACCAGGUUUUUCCGGCCCUCCUGGAACUCCAGGAAGAGAGGGCUCCCCUGGUAGACCUGGUCCACCGGGCCCUGCUGGACCUCCAGGUGAACCAACUGCCCUGCCUAUCGUUGGAGACAUGGGUGCAUUACUUAAGAACGCCUGCAGUCUUUGCCAGACAAGAGUUCCUGGGCUGCCUGGGCAGAAGGGAGAGAAGGGUUCCUCUGGAGUGCAAGGAGUGGAAGGCUUGGUGGGAGAAAAGGGGGAUCCAGGUGUAAGAGGUCCGAUGGGUAAUCCAGGAAAAGAAGGCCCAAAGGGUGUAAAGGGAGAGAGAGGCUUCCCAGGCCCCUCUGGAGACAAGGGUGAUGAGGGCCCUGCAGGAGCUCCAGGACUUCCAGGCGUAACAGGUCGAACAGGAGUCCCUGGACUUGUAGGUAGACCUGGUCUUAUGGGCCCACAAGGAUCAAAGGGAGAAAAGGGAAACGACGGCGCUCCAGGCAGACAAGGACUUCCAGGACCUCCAGGUGCGCCGUAUGUGGAGGGAAACGGGAUGAGCAGCCUGUACAAGCUGCAGAGUGGUGGAGCUAUUUUAGGACCUCCUGGAGCGCCCGGUGCUCCGGGCCCAAAGGGAGAUGAAGGACCUGUCGGGGAACCAGGACCCAUGGGCUUACCCGGGCUUGAAGGGCUUCCCGGUGCCAAGGGUGAUAUUGGCCUGCCUGGCCCUUCUGGGACAUCAGGUCCUCCAGGGAAACCCGGAACACGUGGAGAGCCAGGGAUCCCAGGAGAGCCGGGUGAGAGGGGGCCCAUCGGAGAGACUGGAUUCCCUGGACCUGAGGGACCUCAAGGUGUUCCUGGGAGGCCUGGAAAAGAUGGAACUCCUGGAUACAAGGGCUCCACAGGUACACCAGGUGACAGAGGGUCCAAAGGUGAACGUGGUGAUCCAGGCAUUCCCGGAGAAAGAGGCGUUCAAGGUGAAAGGGGUCGCAUGGGUGACCUUGGCAUGGUUGGACCGAUGGGGCCGCCGGGUGAAAAAGGAGAUCCUGGCCCCCCUGGACAGCUGGGGAGCGUAAAACUCCUGGAUGAUCCCAGCUUUACAGAAGAACUCAAAAUCUUUAUCCAAAGUGAAGUAAUGAGGAUUUUUGAAGAGAAAGUGUCUGGCACCGCCACGCAACAAAAGACACCUGCCGGCAUCUUAGCUUCACCUUUCCAAGGUCCUCCAGGACCCCCGGGCAAGGAUGGAUCCUCAGGUCCACCAGGAGAGCCUGGGCCACCUGGACCUCAAGGAUACCGGGGUCAGAAAGGAGAACGAGGACAGCUUGGUCUGGGGUUACCAGGAGAUCCAGGACCGACUGGGCCACCAGGGCCACCUGGGAUCCCUUCACAAGGCCCCCCUGGCUCUCCUGGGCCUCGUGGACCCCCAGGGACUUGUGACCCGAAUGACUGCUUUCUUCCUACCUUGUAAGCAGAGAGCAGGAGUGUAAAAUGGUAUGGUGUGCUCCGAGGACGGUUGUCAUCCAUGAUCUUCAAGCUGCAGCCACAGAGCAAAAAAAAAUGCUCUGUCUCGCUGACCUCGCUGUGUCUGACAGCUUCUACAGUUCUGCUGUAUCAAACGGACUCAAAACUGACCUCUUUUGUUCACUUCACAAUAACAUUUGGGUGCUGUGGGGGGUUGUUUUCCUAGGUGUGCUGUUGUGUUUUUUUUUUAAUGCAGCUGAAAACCUUUUGCAGUGCUGUACUUUGAAGUAUUUUUCUCGUCUUUCCAACUCUUACUGUGAUGCAAUGCAUUCCUUAUCGACUGAAGUUGUCUUUCAAGACCUAGAGAUAACUUUUUUGUCAGGUUCAGCCCCGGCUGAAUAACCUUAAUAAUUAUUUGUUUGCCUCUUUAACGGGCUUGUUGAUGCACUCUUCUAUUCUUACUCGGCUAAACUGGCUGUAGGUAAGUCUCAUUUUUAGCUGUUUGUUUAUGUGAGAGAGAAAGAUCAACUGAGUGAAUGUACUUAUUUUUCAGCAAAUGUAAGUAAAAUUACUUCCUCUGUAAUUUCGGCAGCCAGUUUGUCUGAUAUGGAAAUUAUUUAUUUUAAGUGUGCUCCUUAAGAAUGUAUUUAAAAGAUGGUACUAGUCAGCUAGAAAUGUAGCAUGUAAAACAUGUCAUUUUGUUUAGUAAUUAAGUUAUAAAGACAUGAGCUAGUACAAGUUUUAGUUGCUGAUAAGUUUCAAUGUUUCUGUUUCUUUAAAUUGAUGAGGUGUUUGUGUUUUUUUAAGAAUCUGUGGUAAAACUAUAGCUGAAGACGUCUUCCCAUUUUCUGUAAGUUGCGUGUCAUUACUGAGCAAUUAUUAAGUUGACAAAGCAUUUUUUUAAACCCACAGACACCUGGCCGGUAUUAUUUUUAAUACAAACAAAGAAUUAAGGGCAGAUUUAUUUCAUUACAUUAAACUAUUUUUGGGAUUUGUUUAUGAAUUUGGUUUUGUUAGAGAUACUUCUCAUUACCUGAGAAAGGAAGAUGUAAUAUUUCCAAUAAAAAUGUAUAAAUCCUGAGAGUGGUUGAGGCUAGUAGCUAGACCCUGCAAAAAGUUAGAUUUUUCAAAUGGUUUCCAAAAUGUAAAUGCUCUUUGAGAUAUAUCUCUCGAUAUGUAUAUAUCGAGAGAUAUAUUGACUGGUUGCACAGAUUUUUGAAACACAGAAACCGUUGCACAUUUUCGUACUGCUAAAAGCCGCAACAGCAGCCAAAACAAGUCAUUUUUCUUUCUUCUUCCCACAUAUUUCUCCCUUUGCCCCGACUUUAUCAGUAAAUGCAAGAUGUGGACUGAAAAAGUUUUGACUGUGAGAAAAAGUUUCAAAACACUCAAAUAAAAUGUAAGCUAGAACAACUUUGGGGGAAAAGCGUCUUUAGUCCAGAAUGUCAACAUUCUCUCCACCUGCUGGCCCAGCAUAGGCAUCACAAUGUUUUUCAUUGGAGACAACAGGAAAAACACCAGUUUCCAAAAUAUCCAGAGUAGUUUCCUUGACAACACAGCUGAAUAUGUUUCCAUUCAUGGAAUACAAUGCUAGAUUAGCAAAUAAUAGAUGUUUCCAUUUUCACAAGCAAGAAAUUUGUCAUGAUUUUUACAGCCAAAAAACUUUCAUGUUUCUACACAAAUGUUAAUAAAGUGACAUCAGACUUAUGUAGCAUCUUCCAACCCUUUCAAAGACAUUUGACAAUGAAAUCAGUCAUUUUCAUUCAUGGCAAGCUACUGGACUGUAGCAACAGCAGUCCUGGGGCAGUCCGACAGAAGCUAUUGGCCUUGCUGACAAGACAGGUGAAGUGUCUUGCCCAAAGACACAAAGACAGAGGCGGUUUGAUUCCCGUGAAGCGGGAAUCAAACCGACUCCUAACAGUGUCACCCCAAACAACAUAACAAUGCAAAAGAUUUUGAGUCUGCCAUUUUGUUUUCCAAAGAAUUGAGAGACCUGGAAAAGAACCUAGUCUCACCAAUGCUGUUGCACAAAUGACAGCGCAACACGCUAUCCAAAUCCUCAAUCCGCUCUUGGCAGACUGAUGAGUCGCAGCUAAUUAAGUGAAUGAAUACAGCUUGCAGUUAAUCAUUAUAACUUUGAAAUACAAAAACUGAAUUUGUUUAAAUAAGAGGGCAACAAAUUUAAUAUUAAGUUCCCAUAGUUUGUUCAGUUCAAGGUAUUUAAUUUGCAGAAAUCUCAUCAUACUAGCAGUUAGCCUUCAACCACUCGAAGGUACCCUUGAUUUUUUUUACAAACACCGAAAUGGCCUCUUUCAAAUCAGCCUCUACAAUCCCUUUAAAAGCAGAUUCUUCCACAAAAAAAGAAUGUACUUUGAAAUGUCUAUUUUCAAUUAAUAUAGCUCUUCAUUUACUCUGUACUCUUUUUUUUUAACUGUAAAUAUCUUUCAUGUGCUUUAUUUUUACUUUUUUCUUCUAAGUCUAACUCUUCUAGUCUUGAAAAGGGACCUCACAAUAUAACUUUAAAAGCUGGCUGUCACUGUUACGACACUUCAAGGUUAUCACUUGUCAAUCAUACAUUGCUGCAACUGUACAAGAAUGUGUUGCAUCUGAGAUUAUUAUUCACAUGCGCCGUUUACAUAGUGUCACAAAUGAUGAUUCCUCUGGUUUGAGUGUGAAUUAUUUAACUUCAUCACUACAAAGGAAAUCGGACUACCACACCACAGCUAACGGAAGGUUGUUUUCGGUUUGGAGGAGACAUUUUACUCGUGAAUGUACUUGAAAUGUCUAAGCUGCUUCAUACUCUACAUCCAGGUUUUCCAGUUACUAACCAGCACUGUGUGUCGCCAUAAAUUGUCUGGCUUUUGAUUUCCUUGAGGCUGCUGUUUUGCUUUAUUUAUUUAUUUUAAGUUUUUUUCUGAAUUUUAGUUUAAUGCUUUCCCCUGGUUUUUGUUGUUGUUUGUUAGUUUUUUUUUAUUUGUUUGUUUGUUUGUUUUUAUGGUUUGAGAUGAUUGUACCCAAACAGACCACACUAAUUUCUAGAAACUCCUUUGAUCAUCUGCAAACACUUUCUUCCUCUGAUCCCUUGAUUUGAAUUUACAUCCCAUUAGCAAAGAUUUAAGUUGCUAACUUGCUUAUUUUACUUAAAUUCUGUUAGUCAAUACAUAACAUAUUAAACAGCAAAGUGGUAACUGGACCGUGUUGAAUGUACAGUAUAUGAUUAAUAUUAAGCUUUCAUUUUCAGUUAUUUUUAAUAAGGGGUUUGACCGAAAAGCUUUUUUUUUUUCAUUAUUUGGCUUCAAUUAAAUGUUAAGGUUAGUGCUCUUUUGCGUGUUUUUAUUUUAUAUGAGAUCCUUUUGAUUCAUUUUUUCUGCCUUUGCUUUUACUUGUCUCAAGUCUUUGACGUUAUGUUUUUCUUUUCCAAUCACACAUAACUCAAAUGCUGCGGAACAAUUAUUUUUUCAUGAUGCCAGCUUGGUUUGAUCAGUGCAAGGGAGUCUAAUUUUGGAAAUAAAGCGUGCAGCUGAUUUUAUUUGUGAGUAAAAGGAGCCCCCUGCUGGACGUGUUUGGAUUUUCAUCCACCUUUUAAUCUACAAGGGAAAACCAUCUUUGGGUUUAGGGGCACUUGAAUUCCCCUUCCUUCUACCUAAUCUUGUCCUUUCAUCUUUGUAAUUUUCAUAUUUAGUUUAUGGGCUCCCACCAGAGACAAUUAUGCUGAUCUUGAUGAGAUUCAAAUGAGACAGCACCAGCAGAUUAAUGUCAUCUAAACUUUUUUUUCUGCAGUGCACUGCUGAGAGCAACUCCCACUGCCUAUUGAAUUUAGCAUGAAUUGUUAUUAAUAUGCUCCACUUUGCUACUUCCAUUUAUCCAAACAGUGUGAUAAGAAGGGAGGACGUUAAUGUCACAGCUCACUUCGCUACAAAUUCAAGCUAUUAUCCAUCACACCAACUUAAGCUCAAUUUAUUCUAAGUGGAAAUUGUCUGAUGGAGGCAAAAUCAAAGGAGCACUUCCUUUGAGAAUGUAUCUAAACAAAAGCUUGCUAAAUAAUGUAAAAUUCACUCAAGACAAUGAACCUCAGAUGUCCACAUUUUUCAUCAUUGCUUGUGUUUAACUGUAAUGUAAGGUGAUCCUGUUGCCACGUGUAAUCUAAUCUUGUAAGCAAGCUUGUAAUGAGGGAAAAUAUGGAUCAGCCUCGCAGCGAGGACCCUCAAGAUUAAAAGCGCCUACCUGCUGCUCUCACAGAAACGUAUCUUUACUCUCGCAAAAGUUUGUGUCAUGCUGUGUGACUUUAACGUUUGUUUUUCUUUGGGGGGGGGGUUGAAAGUUUUUGUUCAGUUGAAUAACUACCUCAUUCUUGGUUUAUCGCAUGUCUACGUGAUCAGGAAAAAAAAAUAGCUGAAAUAUUGCCUUGGAAAAAUGGGAAAACCCUCAUGUGUUUAUGCAAGAAACAAUUGUUGGAUUUAUGUCGAUGUCAGUGUGAGUUCACUGACUAACAAAAAAAAAAAAAAACAGUAACUGUGGUUACCAGGUAUCAGAGGUUGUAUUUUACUCUUUGCAGAAUCUUUUAUUUACGUCUAUUAAUGCCAUCUGCCUUUCUGUGUGCAAUAAAUGUUCUCAAGUGCUUUA